CAGUGACUUUUGGAACACACUCUUUGAUUAUAUACUUAGCUUAGCUUAUCCCCUUCUAUUUCUUAAUCGCCAACAAAAAAUUCCUUUGUGUAAAUAAAUACAUGUGACAAUUGUUGUGUGUAAAUUAUUAUUUAACAAUAUUAAGUAAUUAUCAAUAACAAAAAAAAAAAUACAAAAACAAAACUUAACCAAUAAUACUAAAUACAGUUUAUUUUGUUGACAUUACUAUUCGCUUGCUCUCUAGAUAACUUAAAAACAUAAUAAUAGCACCUAAUGUAUAAAAUAGGUAAUUAAACAAUAAAUAGUAAUACUUAGAUAACUAAAUGAACAUAUAAAAAUAAAUUUAACUGGAAAAAAAAAUUUAACAUUCCAUCGUUUAGAUUUUAAGAAAGAGUUAAAAAAAUAAAAUAGUUAAGUGGUGUGUGUAUGUGUGUGUGUAUUGGAUAGUCUUGCGACUUGUAUAGUCGUUGUCAUUUGAAAACGGAAGCCAUCUUGUAGUUGAGUCUCUCAUAUUAUCAAAGGAACAUAACUCUGGUCGAACCGACAAAAAGACAAGGAAAGAUAGUAAUAAUAAAAAAAAGGGAUCAUUAGUUAUACUUAAUAUUAAUAUAUUGAUACAAAAUAAAAGGAUUAUAAUUAAUCAAUAAUAAUUGGAUGAUUCUGGACUAUGCCUAAAUCAUUAAGCCAUAUGUUUACAUAGCCAUGGCUGCGACGAGAAAGUUGCAAGGUGAAAUAGACCGGUGCCUUAAAAAAGUAACCGAAGGUGUAGAUACAUUUGAAGAUAUUUGGCAAAAAGUUCACAAUGCAACAAAUAGUAAUCAAAAAGAAAAAUAUGAGGCUGAUCUUAAAAAAGAGAUCAAAAAAUUACAAAGAUUACGAGAUCAAAUUAAAAGUUGGAUUGCAUCUGGUGAAAUCAAAGAUAAAAGUACCCUUCUUGAUUAUCGAAAGCUAAUUGAAACACAAAUGGAACGAUUCAAAGUUGUUGAGACUAAAACAAAAGCAUAUUCAAAAGAAGGUCUUGGUGCAGCACAAAAGCUUGAUCCAGCUCAAAAAGAACGUGAAGAAGUUAGUAAUUGGUUAGCAAAUUCAAUUGACGAAUUAAAUUUACAACUUGAUAAAUUUGAAUCUGAAAUUGAAUCAUUACUUGCUGGUAAGAAAAAACGUCUUGAUAAAGAUAAACAAGACAGAAUGGAUGAAUUAAAAGGUAAAUUGGAAAAACAUCGUUAUCAUAUACGUAAAUUAGAAACAUUACUACGUAUGUUGGAUAAUAUGUCUGUUGAAGUUAAUACAAUUAAAAGAAUAAAAGAUGAUGUUGAAUAUUAUAUUGAAUCUUCACAAGAUCCUGAUUUUGAAGAAAAUGAAUAUAUUUAUGAUGAUAUUAUUGGAUUAGAUGAAGUUGAAAUAACUGGUGUUGGUAUACCAUCAUCAGCAACAACUGAUAGUAAUAACAGUAAUGAAACUGGUGGUACACCAACAUCAACUAAUUCAUGUACAUCACCAAUACCAUCACCACCACUUUGUUCAACACUGCACAAUUUAUCAAGUGAUAGUUCGACUGAUACAGAUAAAAAAACUAAGCCAGUAAAACCAACAGCAGUUAGGCCACUAUUGAACAUGUCCCAGCCGCCUAUUCCACCAGUUGGUAAUACAACAACAGUUAAAACAAAUAUUUUAACAAGCAGUACACCAAGUAAAACCAUUCCCAUGACAUCAAGCCAAAAUUCACCAAUAUCAAAUACGUCUGCAACAACAAAUCAUGUAUCAACAAUUAAUGCUGGUAAUUUUGCAACAGUUGCUGCAUCGCAAAAUAAUUUACAAGCUCAACACACUAAUACCACAAAAGUAUCAUCUAAUAGUGGUGAAAAUGGCUUAUCAAUAUUGCCAACACCAAAUGUACCACCAUCACUUGUACAACAAUCCCAGCAACAAUUGGCAUCGGCAACACUACUGCAACAACAACAACAACAACAACAACAACAACAACAACAACAACAACAGCAGCAGCAACAACAGCAACAAUUACAGAUACAACAACAACUACAGUUACAAAUACUGCAACAACAGCAGCAGCAGCAACAGGUACAACAACAACAGCAACAACAGCAACAGGUACAACAACAACCUCAAUCAACCCCACAAGUACAGCAACAAACUGCUUCGAUACCUCAAGUUGUACAGCAAAAUGUGGCGCAAACAAUUCCUCAACAACACCAGCUUCUUCCACAAACGGCACCACAACCGCAAAUGCAAAUUCAACAACAACAGCAACAAAUUGUCACCCCUCUUCCUCAGCAACUACAACAACAACAGCAACUACAACAACAACAGCAACAACAAAUACAAAUACAAAUGAAUAAUUCAAUAACAAAUACAACAUCAAUGCCACCAGGUAUAAUGCAUAAUCAAAAUCAUAAUUCCAGCAAUAAUGAUAUUGAUAUAAUAGCAACAACAUUACCACGUUCAUCAUCACCACAAUCAACAAUAUCAAGUCGUUCAUCACCAAUACCAACAAAUUCAUCAUCACCACUCCCAACAAAUUCAAAUGGUAUUAUACAAAAAUUACAAACAAAUGUGGAUCAUGGACCAUCCCCACUUAAAUCAAUAGCACAACAAGUUAUUGUUAGAGCUGGAUUAGAUAUACCAAAUGUUGAACAAAAUAGAAAUAUAUUUGAUAAUAAUAAAAUUAAUAAUUCAACAUCUGAAGCACAUAUACCACCAUUACUUGGUGUUGCUCCACUUGGUCCAGUACCAUUACAAAAAGAACAUCAGUUACAAUUUCAAAUGAUGGAAUUAGCAUACUACCAUAUGCCACAUCCAUCUGAUUCUGAAAGACUUAGAUCAUAUUUACCAAGAAAUUUGUGUCCAACACCACCAUACUAUCAACAGGUUCAACUGCCUCACUCGGAUACUGUCGAAUUUUUUCAACGACUGUCAACCGAAACAUUAUUUUUCAUAUUUUAUUAUAUGGAAGGUUCGAAAGGACAAUAUUUGGCAGCAAAAGCAUUGAAAAAACAAAGUUGGAGGUUUCAUACAAAGUAUAUGAUGUGGUUCCAACGACAUGAAGAGCCAAAAAUUAUCAAUGAAGAAUAUGAACAGGGAACUUACAUCUACUUUGACUAUGAAAAAUGGGGUCAAAGAAAAAAAGAAGGAUUCACUUUCGAGUACAAGUACUUAGAAGAUAGAGAUCUCAACUAAAAUAAUUAAGUUGAAGCAUUUUUGUUUUUUUUUCCACAAUUUCUCAGAGUUACGGUGGAUCAGUUAAAACAUUUAAUUUUUAAAAACAAAAAAAGAAAACAGCACUUAUUUCUGUAUCGGUAUUAAAACCAAGCAAAAUACGAGCAAAAAAAUAUCUAAACUCGAGUAAAAAAAUUUCUAAACUCGAGUAAAAACAAAAAAAGAAUACAAGUUUAAAAAAAUUGUUAUCUUUUAUGAUCACAUAUUUUUCAUGAAGUAUAAUUUUAUUUAUUAAAAAAAAAAUCAAGUUAAUAAUUUUUUUUGUUUUUUUUUUUUUUUCAUAUCAAUAGUUUCAGAUGACAACUUCUGCUUAAUUUAAGUUAAAAAUAAAAAAGAAAAUCUAUUACAAUUUAUUCAAUAAUUGAAAGAACAUUCAAUUCUAUUUCAAAAAAAACAAUAAUCAGGUCUAAAAAUGACUUAAUUAAUAACAAAUUUAUUAUUAACAAAUGUGAUUAUUAAUUUAAAAAAAAAUAAUAAUUCCACCGAUAGACAGUUUUAUCAAGGUUUGUUAGUAGCAUAAGGUGUGUGAUAAGCAAAAACCGUCAAAAAAAAAACGAUAAAGUUAUACUCGCUGGCGACUGACUGUAAAACCAGUACAAAAUACAAGAAAAAGAAAUUAAGGUACAGCAGAUAUGUAUGUCCAGGCGUGUUUUACUUGGCUCUGGACAUCGAGAAACUUAAAAACAAAACCGAAAAGUUAAUGAAAAAAGAAAAAAAAAAAAGGAACGAAAAAACUCAUGCUAUAUGGUAUGUCUUUAUGAUAUAGAUAAUUUUUGUAUAAAGUUUAAUUAAAUCCUUGAAUUGAAUUAACUGUACAGAAUGUGUAGAAAUAGUUAAUAAUAUUAUUAUGGAAUAUACACAUUUUAAUUCAUUUAAUUAAGU